AUGUCGGCGCCCUCCGACCCCGCGGCGGCCUACUACGCCGGCGCGCCCUUCUACGUCCCCCCGCCCGCCUCCGCCUCCGCCUCCGCCGCCGAGCCCCGCAACAAGCCGCGGCACUGGCCCAACGUGUCCAUAGAGUCCCUGUACGUCGACCUAGAGACGAACCCGCCCGGCGCGCUCGUGGACGUGCGGUAUCCCCCCGCGCCUCCUCGCGCAGACGGCGCGUUCUCGCCCCCGACGAACGACGAGCGAUUGAGGCGCGCAGUGACGGCGCGCGAGCUCGACGCGCCCCUCGUCACCGCCGCGGGCACCCCGAUACGCGGCGAGACGCUGACGAUAGCCACCGUCUGCGAGGUGUUCAUACCGGACGACGACUUUUCGUCACGCGGGUUCGAGGGAUACAGAGGGGUGACCGCCAAUCGCGGGAGGGUGCGUUUGCGGGGCGCGCACGAGGCGCGCGACGCCGCGUACGGCACGGCGACGCACGAGGUUUGGGAGAGGACCGAGGUCUGGGGGCGACGCGACUGGGCACAGCUGUGUGUGGCGGGCGACGAAACGGACGGGCGCACAGCUGUGCGCGACGAGGACGGGGCACAGCGUGGACUGUCGGCGACGUCGUCGAGAUCGCGCUCCUUCGAUUUCGCGAGCGGCACCCGGAUCGCGCGCGGUGCUGGGGCGGGGGCGGGCGCGUGGGGAUAUGGGACGAGCUCCUGGGGGGCGUCGCGCCGAGGAGGGUGA